GUUGAAAAACAGAAUCGACCGUUGGUUCCAUCAAACAGAACACGCUCUCCCCUCUGUUUUCUCACUCCCCUGCUUCUGAAGCUACUGCAACUUCUUCCAACCAAACGAUAAUGGCAGAAGAUUAUGGAUUCACACAAGAGGAAAUGGCUGUGACUGAGAACCUUGGGUACCCAAAAGCGUAUGCUAAACUCUGCAGGGAUCGUGGUUUCACUCCCUACCGCCAUGGCCCUCCCUUCACUUUCAUCCCUCAUGCUUUGCAUGAAGACGACGCUGAAAGAGCAAGUAAGUUAGAUCAAAUGUUUCCGAUUAUGGAUCUGAAAGCUAAGCCAACCACGAAGCCAAAAAUCUUCGUCAGCAUAUUGUGGAAGCAGCUUAGCCAUCUUGGGAAUGCUGGUUUUGACCCUGCCGUAAUUCGAGUAGAUGGUUAUGGCAAUGUGCUGUAUUAUCAUGCUGACUCAGCCUCUCCUCUUGCCUGGGACAUUGAUCACUGGUUUCCUUGUUCAAGGGGAGGUUUGACAGUGUUGAGCAAUCUAAGGAUAUUGCAGAGGCAAGUCUGUAAGAGGAAGAAGAAUAAGCUGGAAUUCUUAGUCCCAUGGUGGGAUUUCCAAUUGGGUAUCUCUGUAAACCAAUUCCUCUCCAUUUUUGCCUCUUCAAAUUCAGACUUUAGGCACAGGGCAUUUUCAUUUUUGUUCUCUGAAGGGGAAAACCAUGAAUUGAAUGCUUCACAAAUAGUGGAUUCCCAUUCUUUUCCACAGCACUUCAUUGGGCUCAAAGAAAAAGUUGGCCUUGCUCCAGCUGCAAUUGUAGAAUCUCGAAGGGAACCUUUCGAUGUAUUGGCUUUAAGACAUCUCGAUUAUAAUAACAAGAAGGCAAGGCCUAUGUCUCAAGCAAUAGUAUCUUCUAGAAAAGUAAAUGCCAAUCUACUGAAAGAAAAUGAAGACCCGGAAUUCGUUAAGAACCCCUACCAAGCCAUUGUCAUGGCAAGAGAUUCUCUGAAGCAAAGAGAAGAAGCUACUAAAAUGCAGACAGAGAUACAGAAACUAGAUAAUGAAGUGGAUGAACUGAAGCUCAAAAAUGAGGAAGAGAAGCUCGUUAUUGAAGACCUGGAAAUGACACUCAUAAAACGAAGGAAGAAGGCAGAAAAAUGCAGACGGUUAGCGGAAGCUCAAUCUUCUUAUAGGAGCAUGUUAGAGAAGAUGAUUAGAGAUACCAUGCACCAGAGUGUCUUGUACAAGGAACAAGUAAGACUGAACCAGGCUGCAACUAAUGCACUAAUGGCUAGACUUGAAGCUCAGAGGGGGAUUUGUGAUGCUGCAGAGAGAGAGCUUCAUAAGAAGUUUAGACAAAAAGAAGAGAUAGAGAAUCAGAUAAGAUCUACAUGGGAUCAAGGAAGGAAGAGGUCCAGAAUAGACGAUACCAACUUUGAAGGAAGAAGAGAUAGUAAUCAAGCUCUCUAUUUGCCUGGGAUCAGGCCAAGAACACCAUUGCACAAGGAGCUCAGACUGUUCUUGGAAGAGGAACAAAGGACAUCUGAAGCUGGCUUAUCCGCAAAUGAAGAACAAAAGCAAGAAGUAAAAGAAGAGGAAGCAAGAAUCAGAAAUGAGAAGCUGGAGGAGCAUGCCGGAUCAGUUGUUGAAUUGGAUGGAGAAGACUCAAUUGAGAAUGGAGUUAAGAAUCUCGAAAUCAAUGAAUGCAAGAGAAGAGUCUAUGAAAUUGAAACUGCGGAAGAAGAUGAGGAAAUCAGGAGGCAGCGUGGGAAAGGAAACGUUGAGAAGUGGCUUCAAAUGCUUUUAGAGAAGAGUCCAGAAGCACCGGAUCCGGAACCAUACGAGACAAAUGAAGAUGCUUGUGGUGGAACUCAAGAUAUAAUAAUCCAAAAGUUGAAUCAGGUUUUCCCACAACUGGACUUGAAGAUCUCCAAGGUUUCAGAUUCUGAUGACAAUGAGAAGCAGCUUCAACUUCCUCAGGAAAGAACAGAAUGGGGAGCUGGAAGAUCUAUGGCAACAGGAAACAAAGAUUACUCUGAAGAAACUUGCAUAGGUAGUGAAGGAAAUAGAACUCUCAACUUUGAUAAGGUGAUGGAAAGUAAGGAACAGAAGAAGGGAAAAAGGCUCGUUAGAUCAGAGAGUGCCGGCACCUUGAGGCGAAUCCCAUCAUCACCAUUGCUUCUUGGGAUGAAAAAAGGUGUCGAAUGCAUUCGGAAGAAGUCCUUUAAGUGGUGAUGAUGAUGAGGAUCUUGCUGCAAAAAACAUAUUGUUUAGAUCAUGUUUGACUGUGUUAGUCUAUGCAUAAUGCAGUUGCCUUUAUGUUUACUUGAUUUUUCUUUUUUUCCUUCUCAAUUUGUGUGAUGCUGCCUGAAUAAGUGAGUGGCCCAAAAAAGAAAUUAAAGGAGAGAAAAACUUGUAAAAAAUGUAAGCAUUCUAUUGUUUGAUACUUUGAUUUGUGUAUAAGAUUCUUUUAUUCAUAGUUGUCAAAUAUAUGUGAGAAUGUAUAACGGCUUCUUG